GGCGUCGCGGGGCGCUCCUGGGCGGCGGCGCAGGGGGCGGAGGCAGGGGACGCCCCCAGCCAGGAUGCUGCGGUUCCUGCGCCGGACCUUUGGCCGCCGCUCCAUGCAGCGCUACGCGCGGGGCGCGGCAGGGCGCGGGACCGCCGGCCUGGGGGACGAGCGCGACGGGGGUCCGCGGGGGGGCCCGGCCGCCGCCGCCGUGUCCACGCUGCCCGCCGCGCCCGGGGGCAGCGUGUUCCCGGCCGGCGGCGGGCCCCUGCUCGUGGGCUGCGCGGCCGUGCACAUCUCCGCCGCCGGGGCCUCCAAGGCCACCCUGUACUGCCGCGUCUUCCUGCUCGACGGGACCGAAGUGAGCGUGGACCUGCCGAAACAUGCCAAAGGCCAAGAUUUGUUUGAUCAGAUUGUGUACCACUUGGACCUGGUGGAAACAGAUUACUUUGGCCUCCAGUUCCUUGACUCUGCCCAGGUUGCGCACUGGCUGGAUCAUUCCAAACCCAUAAAAAAGCAGAUGAAAAUUGGACCUGCUUAUGCUUUGCACUUUCGAGUUAAAUAUUAUUCUUCAGAACCGAACAACCUUCGUGAAGAGUUUACAAGGUACCUGUUUGUUUUACAACUCAGGCAUGACAUUCUUUCAGGAAAAUUGAAAUGCCCAUAUGAAACAGCUGUGGAGUUAGCUGCUCUCUGUCUCCAAGCCGAGCUUGGGGAGUGCGAGCUUCCAGAACAUACACCAGAGCUUGUGUCUGAGUUUCGGUUCAUUCCAAAUCAGACAGAAGCGAUGGAAUUUGAUAUCUUCCAGAGGUGGAAAGAGUGCAGGGGAAAGAGCCCUGCCCAGGCGGAACUCUCCUAUCUGAAUAAAGCGAAGUGGCUGGAAAUGUAUGGGGUAGACAUGCACGUUGUCAGGGGAAGAGAUGGCUGUGAAUAUUCUCUUGGACUGACCCCGACAGGCAUUUUAAUCUUUGAAGGAGCUAACAAAAUAGGCUUAUUCUUUUGGCCAAAAAUUACCAAAAUGGAUUUUAAAAAGAGCAAAUUGACGCUGGUGGUGGUGGAGGACGAUGACCAGGGCCGGGAACAGGAGCACACGUUUGUGUUCCGCCUGGACAGCGCCCGGACCUGCAAGCAUCUGUGGAAGUGCGCCGUGGAGCACCACGCCUUCUUCCGGCUGCGGACGCCGGGAAACAGCAAGUCCAACAGAUCGGACUUUAUCAGACUGGGCUCUCGCUUCAGGUUCAGUGGCCGGACGGAAUACCAGGCUACACAUGGCGCCAGGUUACGAAGAACCAGCACGUUCGAGAGGAAGCCUAGUAAACGCUAUCCGUCCCGGAGACAUUCGACAUUCAAAGCAAGCAACCCGAUGAUAGCAGCUCAGUUCUGCUCUAAAACAAAUCCUGAAGUCCAUAAUUACCAGCCUCAGUAUCACCCCAAUCUUCACCCCAGCCAGCCUCGUUGGCACCCGCACUCUCCAAACAUCAGGCCAUCCUUUCAGGAUGACAGGCCGCAUUGGAAAGCAUCGGCCAGUGGAGAUGACAGCCAUUUCGAUUAUGUCCACGACCAGAACCAGAAGAACUUAGGAGGAAUGCAAAGUAUGACGUAUCGAGAUAAACUCAUGACUGCACUUUGAGAGACUGAAGCGUCUUACUUCCAUUCACCAUCAUAGUUUCGUUACAUCCCAUGGAAAGUGUCUUGGCAUCCCGUGGACGUGUUUGUAGAAAUGUCUUCUAGGAAUAGUUCUGAAAGGUGUUUUCAGUGUCUGUGUAAAUAUUUGAAAAUAAUCCCAAUAGGUAGUCCUAACUUACUGUUGACUGCAUUCUCAAAAAAUGAAGGUAGUUAAAGGCUCAGGAAUCGUUUUGAUAUUCUGAUUUUAAAAUUGGAGUAUAAGUCUGUGUUUAUCGUAUUGCUGUGUACCUGAUGUUUCUUUGUUAUUUAAUGAAUGGGACCAAAGAAAACCAGAAAAACUUCGGAAGAUCGCUCCGUAGAGAGUACCAUAUAGUACAGUGGUGGGAAUUGAGGUCACUGGGGCCCAGCCUCUACCAUUGUGUGAUCUUAGACAGACCAUCUCCCCUCUGUUGGCCUCAUUUUCCCCGUCUGAAAAGAGCAAGUUGGACUAAAUGAUCACAAGGUCUUCUCUAGCUCUACAGUUCUGUGAUUUAUCAACAUUUAAUAUUCUUAGGCUGAGGACAUAACAUUCACACCUUCUUUAACAGAGGGUUACCUCUUUCAAAAGCUGAAUAAAGUAUGUAAUAUGUUAAAGGUUAUAUCAAUACAGGGAGAUUUUGAAUUUCCUAUCUUAAAGCAGUUUAGUCAUUUUGAAUUCUCGCAGUUUUAUUAAUCAGAAAUCACAUAGCCUUUAUUUUUAUAGAAGUUGCUGCUCAAGUACAAGAAUAAUUUUUUAAUGUCCUAACGAUUGGUGGUGCUAACUUGCGUGCUUUCAGAAGACAUAAUUAUGAAUGCACACUGUCAGUAUAUAGAGUUUGAGGGUUGGUUUUUAUCCUAGGCUUCAUUCUUUUAAGAAGCAACAUGCAAUAUGAGAUGCAUAUGGCUCAAAUUGAAGCAUGUAAAAUUUUAGUGAAGUUGUGCCAAAGCAUCCCAUGCAAGAGGAUAGGAGGGUGUUGCACAGUCUUUCUGUAGAACCAGAAAUCAAUAUGUUGCCUUUUAGGGUAGAGCUCGUACCAAACUCUUUAUUUCCUGCCCCCGUUUCAAGCCCCCGAGUAAGACCUUUUUUUUUUCCUCCUGAUAGGUAGGCCUGAGAUACUUUCCUUAGUAUUUUUGUGAAAUCAAUUCUUGUGCCAUUUUUUAUAUAUGUAAUUGUAAUUUGCCCUUUUAAGCCUUUUUAAAAAAAAUGUGUUUCCCUCCCUUGAGAUAGUUUAUUGCCAAAAUCUGAUCUCUUUUUUUUUGGUUACCACAAAAAUCUAUCCAGAAGGAGGGAAUCAGCUGCACACCAUGCACAGUGGAGUUGAUCACUUAUAAACGCCCCCUAAGAUACAUGUUUACAGGUGUAUUUCCUUUUAGCAGAUGUUUUGGUCCUCAGUUUACGUGCUGCAUACAGAUAAUUGUGUUCUGAAUCUUUUGAUUUCAUUGAUAGAUUUUUACAAAUGUGUUUGUGAGGAAUAAAGAUUAUUCUUGCUUUUUUUUUUUUUGACUCCAUCUUUUAUGCUGCACAAGAGGUAUCAUUUGUGGAUGAAGUAGGUGAUGGGACUUUGGAAGUCUGAAGGUGAACAUUCAGUUAGGUGGCAUGGAGCAAACUCAUCCUGGAAUGAGGUUGCUCUUAGGAAGCGUGGCCCUUUUUGUAGGCUCCGUGGCUGAGGUGUUUAUUCAUCCGGGGCAGCUUUGGUGAAAGUUCUGAUCACAGGUGGCAGUGGCGUUUCCGCUGUAACAGUCCUGUGGUGAGGGUGGGUGUUUGCCCUGGCGAUUGCUGCUGUUCCCGGCAGAGAGACCUCCAAACCCGUGUCUGUGGCUUCCUGGAGAUUGUGUACACUUAUCUAAUAACCUCUAAUA